AUGUUUGUUGAGUGCUCAGAACACGUCCUAACACCCUUCCACGCGGCUAUUAAUAUUCUAGUUGCUCUGUUUGUUGCAGCCUCAUAUACUCCGCCAAUCCGCCAGCUCGCUCAACGAGACGACCAUGGCGCGACUGGGAUAUCUGGCUGGUACAUCCUACUUCUUAUCCUCGGUGUGAACUCGCACCUUAUGGCUUGGAUAUUUUCGGCACAGAGUUUCAACAUCUUUGCUUGUAUUAGUCUGGGCGAGCUGCAGGGUCGAAAGGCCUUCUCUGCAUUAGCAGUUAUCCUUCCACUCGCCAUUCAGUUCCUCGCAGCAGCCACCUUUCUAGUUUCCUUUAUGCUAUCCCGCCGUCGGCAGCAAAUUGCAAGGACAGAACAUCUUCCAAGCACCGAGAAGAAAAGCGGGACGGCGCGCACAUCGCCAUCUAAUGGACUCAUCCUCGCAACAUCCAUCAUACACAUGGCAAUCUUUCUCGCUCCCGCCGUUCUGCUAAUUCUACUCGUGCGUGAAGAGCUAUCCGACGAAGGCUGGACGGCUGUUCUUGCCAUGUGGUACAGCGUCCUGGCGACGGCGCUGGGCGUCUUCCCCUCGCUCGCUGCAUUUAUCCCUCAGAUCCGGCUCAUGAUACAUCGCCACCGGGAGGGUCUGCGGGUGGACCAGGGGGCACUUAGCAUCACCAGCCUUGCUCUCCAGGGCGCCUCAUUCACAGCCUUGGCCGUUUCCCAGAUCUAUGCGUCUCUUAAUCUUCAAAGCACCGACGCCCACCUCUUGCCUGUUUUUAGCGAGGAAUGGUGGUCGUACAUACUAUGGUCCUACGGCUUAGCUGCUGGGUGGAUCUCGCUUGCGUUUUCCCAGCUUAUUGUAUUGACUGUGCUGUUGCGUCUUGGGGGUGGGGGGACUCUACACAUGAUGCGCCUUGGGAGCAGGAAGAGGCUCUUUCAGGUUUGCUGUGGUGUCACGGCUGUUUAUGGGCUUGUUGUUGCGCGGUAUAUCGUGCCAACUGCGUGCCAGGGCAUUUAUGGACUUCUGGUUGAGCUUCUAUAG